AUGGCAGACACGGAUGAGGAGAUUGAGUUACAAUCGGCGUCUAUAGCUACAUACUUUGUUCAACAUUAUUAUACAACAUAUAUUGAAAAGACACCUUGUAUGAAUUCUUCUCAAACUGGUCAUAUGUGGUUGAUGGAAAUAUUAAAAGGACAUGAAAGUAGAUGUUAUAGCAUGUUUAGGAUGGAGAAAGAUGUUUUCAUUAAAUUAUGCGAUGAAUUGGAAGCUAAUUAUGGAUUUAAGGGUUCAAAGAGAAUGUGUGCUCUUGAGAUAUUAGAUGUAUUAAAACCACCAGACCCAGAAUUUAAAGAUGUUCCUGAAGAGAUAUUGAAAGAUUCUAGAUAUAUGCCUCAUUUUAAGAACUGUAUUGGCGCAAUAGACGGUGUACAUGUGAAUGCUAUAAUUCCACCUGAAGAUCAAGUACCAUUUGUUGGUAGAAAAGGGAUACCAACUCAGAAUGUCAUGGCAAUAUGUAAUUUUGAUAUGCAAUUUAUAUAUGCAUAUGCUGGGUGGGAAGGUUCUGCUCACGAUACAAGAAUUUUCUAUACAGCUUUACGUGAUUCAACUUCAAAUUUUCCAAAACCUCCCCAAGGAAAAUAUUAUUUAGUGGAUGCGGGAUACCCACAAAUUACAGGUUUUUUAGGACCAUAUAAAGGCCAAAGAUACCAUCUACCACAAUUUCAACGAGGUAGCAAACCUACUGGUUAUAAAGAGGUAUUCAACCAGGCACAUUCUUCUCUUCGAAGUGUUAUUGAAAGAACUUUUGGAGUAUGGAAGAAAAGAUGGAAAAUAUUAAGAGAUAUGCCUAGUUAUCCAUAUCAGAAGCAAGUGAAAAUAGUGAUUGCAUCAAUGACCUUGCAUAAUUACAUUCGAAGGCAUGCAAAACGUGAUCGGCAUUUUGAGAAAAUUAGAGAUAAUCCAUAUUAUUGUGUAGAAGAUCAAACUAAUAUUGAAGAUGAAGAUGAGACAGCUAGAGCUUCAAAUUUAAAUGAAAUGGACAAUACUAGAGAUCUGAUUGCUGCAAGUUUAAUGAGAUAUAAUUAA